AUGUCUAGUACAAGGUUAAUACACGAUGGUGUUCAAGAUUCAGAAUCUACGUCGCAUUUCAGCAUGAAUACCUUGAAGAGCAAGCUCCCUUUUAGGGGCAGACCUGCAUUUGACUCUACCCUUGGAGGAUGCUCCACGUCACACAGAAAGUAUGGCUGGGAUCAGGGUCGAAUGAUGCCGGAGCAGGGGCCGUGA